GGCGCCGUAGGGUUCCACUCCUGACUUUCAAAUUCGAAACCUGUAGUCGCAAAAAAAGACUUGCCCUAGAGAUUCCUAGUCUCCUGGAGAGUGGCCUCUCUCUUUCUGCCUUCUGAAAUAACAGCGGCUUAGCUAGUGCCCCCGGAAGAAAAGACAGCGUCGCGGACUGAUGACAGUUGCCCGAAUGGUUGCCGCGUCGACUGUUUCAAACGCGAGCUGUAUGGACGACUCGUUCUAAGAGCGCGUAGGGGCCACGAAGUUCUGCAACUGCCCUGGGAAAGUACAAUUUGAUUGGCAAGGUCCUCGGCCGCGAGCGGUCCGCAGACGAGGCUCAACGGCCCCUCUCUCACGGCGCCAGCGCGCCAGCUGCUGUCGGGCGCGCCGACGGAGGCCCGGAGACGGGGUUGGAAAAGGCGGGAGCCGCCAAUCCCGGGUGGGCCAAAAUGGCGUGGGAGGACGAGAUGCAGGCGUUCACCCGCAGCUUGUUCCGAAGCCGGCCGGACCUCAGCACGCUCACGCACUCGGUCGUGCGGCGGAGGUUCUUGGCUCACACAGGUCGGGACCACCUGGAAGCCGAACAGAAGCAGGCGCUGAAGCGGCUGGUGGAGGAAGAGCUGUUGAAGAUGCAGGUGGACGAAGCCGGUGCCAAGAAGGCCAAGAGGCCUCCUAGCCCCUGUGGCGACACGGAGAGGAAAAGGUUCCGCUGCAAUUCGGGGUCAGAUCCCAGCUCCACAGCCUCCAGCCCAGACCGCUUUGGCUCCCCUGCUGAGAACGGACCUUCAGUAGCAGAAGUUGGCCCAGGCGAGGAAGAGGUGGAAGAGGAAGAGGAGCAGGGGGAGGAGGAGGAGAAGGAGGAGGAGGAGCUGGAGGAGAAGAAGAAGCAAAGGCAAAGCUCCAGGAAAAGAGUUGAGGAGAGCAGCGAUGAACAGGAGCAGCAGGACCUGCCUGCAAAGACAGCAUUACAGGAGGGAGGCAGUCAGGAGGAGGGCUGUGUCAGAGACCGCAAGCUGUACAAGGAAGAGAGCAGUGAGGAAGAGGAUGAGGAGAAAGAUUCCAAGGGUAGGCCUAGGAAAAAGUCAGGGACCCAAAGCCAGCUGGCAGCGGGAGAGGCCUCUGUGGAAAGGAAGCAGGCCAGGAGCGACAGUGACCACAGCAGGGAGGCACCUGCUCAGAGGACAGCCAGGAGGGUGGAAAGAAAGAAAGGAGCCAAGAACAACACGGAAAGCAACAAGGAAAGCGAGGAGGAGGAAGACUGGAAACCCAAGGCUGGGAGCCGUAGACGGUCAGCUAAGCGGGACAGCAGGCCUCUUGGAGCCUCAGGGGACAGCAGCGGUGGGCAGAGCCCUGGCGCAGCCAGCAGUGAGGCUGGCAGAGGCAGCAACAGCGAUGAGGAGCCCCUGGUGCGGCUGAAGAGCAAGGAGGGGACCCACGGGAGGGGUGGAAGCAGCCAGGAUGGGGCUGAUGUCCACCCGCGGGUGGGAUCGGCCACUGAAGGCCCUGCGAAGACGGCUAACCUGGGCGGUACCAGCGAUGAAGACAGCGACCUGGAGAGGGAGGGGAGUGACAGCGAGGCCCCAGAGAGCGUCCAGGAGAGGAAGAACCGCUCUGCCCGAAAGAGCUCCCGGAAGGGCCGGGCCCGGAGCUGCUCCUCCUCGUCCUCCUCGGGAGGAAGUCCAGAGUCCAAAGGCAGGAAGGUGAGGGCUGGUUCUGGGCGCCGUGGUGAAGACCACCCGGCAGUGACACGGCUGAAGCGUUACAUCCGGGCCUGCGGUGCACAUCGCAACUAUAAGAAGCUGCUGGGCUCCUGCCGCUCUCACAAGGAGCGCCUGAAUGUCCUCCGGGCCGAACUGGAGGCUUUGGGCAUGAAGGGGAACCCCACCUUAGAGAAGUGCCGGGCCCUGAAGGAGCAGCGGGAGACGGCGGCCGAGGUGGCCUCCCUGGAUGUGGCAAACAUCAUUAGCAGUUCGGGCCGAUCCCGAAGAAGUACAGCCUGGAACCCUUCAGCAGCAGUGGCCCCCGGGGAGCUGUACCGUAGGACCCUGGACGUGGAGGAAGGACCCCGCCUGGCCCCCACAGACUGGUCACACAUGCGUGGCAUCAUCAGCAGUGAUGGCGAGAGCACCUGAGCCUCGUGCCCUCCACCCCCCACAGGAUCUCCUUCCAUUCUGCCAUACACACAGCACCACCUGCCUUGUGCAUGCAUGAUGCUUCUCUGCCAGGUCGGCAGCCCCAGGGACACAAGCUGUCAGAACAUCGCUUCUUAGCUUCGUGUUCUCUUGAAACAAGUGUUCAGAAGGUUUAUAUUUUAUUUUAGGACUC